CGUCCAGGGUAACGGCAAAGUCCGCUGUAGUGGGAGAGAUGCACUGUGGGUCAGCGUCAACAUGGCGGCCUCCAUGUCGCCUUUGGCUUACAGCGGAGCUUAGCCAACACUGCACUCCGUGCGCCCGUUGAGACACUAACACGCAUAAAACAUGUUCCUUUUACUCUGCGGCAGAGCAAACGCCACUGCUCCCGGACGGCUGCUGUCGCUGCCACCGCGAUGCAGGACGGCGGCGGACGCAUGGAAGCUGUCACGGUGCUACACAUCUCUGGGAUGUAAUGCAAAUGCUCCACAACGCACUGGAAAUACUCUGAGUCGUGUUUGGAGCCUCGUCCAAAGAGCCGCGCGACACUCUCCCCACAGAACGUCCAGACCCACGGGAGCUGCUCUCAAGUACAUCCUGGGACCAGCAGUGCUCACUGUCUCUGCACGACUGUUCUGCCACGGAGCUCAGUGUGAGGCACGUGUGAAUAACAGCGGCCCAGGGGAGGCUGCUGCCAAAAGCUCCGUGCCGGAGUUCAAGUGGCGCAUCCUGUGGGAGUUUGUCAAGCCUCAGCUCUUUGCUCUCAUUGGGGCUGUUGUGCUUGCUUUCGGUGCAGCCAUCUUAAAUAUACAAAUCCCGCUCAUGCUCGGGGACCUGGUGAAUGUUGUUGCCCGUUACUUGAGAGAACAUACUGGGAAUUAUGUCCAUGAGAUAAGGGGUCCUGCCGUGAAGUUGCUUGGACUUUAUGGUUUUCAAGGCCUACUGACGUGUGGCUACAUUAUCCUGCUCUCCAGGGUGGGGGAGAGAGUGGCAGCAGACAUGAGAAAGACCCUUUUUGCGUCCUUAUUGAGACAGGACGUGGCUUUCUUUGACGCCAACAGGACGGGGCAGCUGGUCAAUCGUCUGACCGCUGACAUUCAAGAGUUCAAGUCAUCCUUCAAACUGGUUAUAUCUCAGGGUCUGAGGAGUAUUACACAGACAGUGGGAUGUUUCGUCUCCCUCUACUUCAUCUCUCCCAAACUCACAGGCCUAACGGUCGUGGUUCUUCCCUGUCUGGUGGGAGCAGGAGCGCUCAUGGGCUCGUUCCUGCGCAGACUGUCCCGCUUAGCUCAGGAGCAGGUGGCAAAAGCAACAGGAGUGGCAGAUGAGGCACUGGGCAACGUGCGGACAGUGAAAGCUUUUGCAAUGGAGGAGCAUGAGCGCCAACUGUAUGCACACGAGGUUGACAAAUCAUGUGAAAUGAAUGAAAAUCUUGGUGGUGGAAUAGCAGUUUUCCAAGGACUGUCAAACAUCGCCUUGAACUGCAUUGUCCUAGGAACUAUUUUUGCUGGUGGGACUUUAAUUUCUAACAAUGAAAUGUCCCCUGGAGACCUCAUGUCUUUCCUGGUUGCGUCUCAGACUGUUCAGAGGUCUUUGGCCAGCGUCUCCAUCCUUUUUGGACAGAUGGUGAGAGGGAUGAGCGCUGGGGCUCGGGUGUUUGAAUACCUUUCUUUGAAGCCAUCCAUCCCACUGACUGGAGGAGGACGCAUCCCGUAUCACUCUCUGACCGGAAGAGUGGACUUCAUAGACAUUUCAUUUAGUUACCCAACAAGACCAGGCCAGCAGGUGUUGACGAAGUUCAACCUAACGCUGCCGCCUUGUAUGACUGUUGCCAUUGUUGGGGAAUCUGGAGGAGGAAAGUCGACGGUGGCGUCUUUGCUGGAACGGUUUUAUGACCCAACUGGCGGCGUGAUCAAACUGGACGGGCUGGACAUCCGAACCCUUGACCCGUCCUGGCUCAGGGGUCAAGUUAUUGGGUUUAUUAACCAAGAGCCAGUAUUGUUCGGAUCAUCUAUUAUGGAGAAUAUUCGCUUUGGGAAGCCUGAGGCUACAGAUGCUGAAGUCAUUAAUGCAGCCAAACAAGCCAACGCUCACCGCUUCAUUACAGGAUUCCCAGAUGGCUAUAGCACAGUGGUUGGUGAGAGAGGAGUGACACUAUCAGGUGGCCAAAAGCAGCGCAUCGCCAUCGCCCGCGCUUUGAUCAAGAACCCCAGUAUCCUGGUGCUGGACGAAGCCACCAGCGCUCUGGAUGCAGAAUCGGAGCGAGUAGUGCAGGAAGCGCUGGACAGAGCCACAAGGGGUCGCACCGUGCUCAUCAUAGCCCAUCGGCUGAGCACCAUUCAAGGGGCUGACCUCAUCUGCGUCAUGAGCAACGGCCGCAUCGUGGAGGCUGGGACUCACUUGGAACUGCUGAGCAAAGGAGGACUUUACGCUGAUCUAAUCCAAAGGCAAAGAGCUGAGGGCCAGAGAUGAACGCUGGGAAACUAGUUCACUGUAGAAAAGAGAGGGACUAUGUUCCAGAAUGCACAGAACCUGCAGGAACAAAGUUCAAAGAUUGAUGUUCAAACAAAGAUUCUAGAGCAUGUAUGUAAUAUUGGACCAACUGCUGUAGAUCAACACUACUGUAUGAUGUUUGACUUUAAGAGGAAUUUCUUGAUGCUGUUUUGUCUUAUCCAAUAAACUGUAGACUGAACAGUGUGAUAAGGAACACAAGCAAAGUGAAAGUGUAACUUUUAUCGCGCUGAUCGUAUUUAGAACCGUCCACUUUACAUGGAGAUAAUAAACAGAAAUGUACAGAUAAAA